CUUGACUCAUUGCCAUGAUCACUCAACGCGUGCUCUGAGCCGAGCCGCAGACUGGAGCACACACUGAUAUGCAAGCUGACGAGCCCUGGAACGAGUCUUGUGUAGUAUGCUGAUAAGAGGAGCCGUGUCACUGUGUGAGCCCCCUGAGAGAACUCCGAGAGGAUCUACUGGCCAGUCAAGCACUCCUGCCUCUACAUUGCACUCUACCUUUGUAAUGCAGACUGUAAAGGAUGCAUUUCAAAAACAGGUUGCUCAUGCACCCUCUUCCAAAAAGCCAAUGAUCUAACUGCAGCCAUUUCCUUCUUUAUUGAAAAGGAUAUGAUGCCAUUUCAAAUUGUGGAGAGGCCUGGCUUUUUUAGGCUGAUGAAAACUGCUGUGCCUCACUAUAAAGUUCUGUUACGGACUUUCUUUUUCAAGACUGAAAUCCCCAAACUGUAGGUUAAAGCUGAUGUAUGCAAAUCUUUAACUCUGGAAUUUUUUUGCUGCAACAACUGACCUAUGGACAAACGAAAGUGGGGCUGGUCUACCAUACAUCAGCUUCACCAUUCACUACCUUACCCAAGACUGGCAGCUUGAGGCUCAGUGCUUGGAAACCCAGUUCCUCCCGGACAAUCACUCAGCUCAAAACAUCAAAGAGCUUUUUGAGAACAUGCUGGAGGAGUUGGUCUCCAUAACCACAGACAAUGCAACCAACAUGAUAAAGGCUUUUUGAGGACUUCCCAGAAAUGUGGCUUGGCCUUUGGCCAUAAUUUGAACCUGGCCAUCUCAAAGGCUCUGAAAAUUCAGAGAGUGGACACAGCACUUCAGGCCUGCUGUCAUCUGGUCCAAGGCUUCUCACGGAGCUGGAAGAGAAGGAGGGCUCUGAAAGAAAAGCAAGCUGCCCUCAACAUGCCACAGAAGCUCUGAUACAUGAUCCGGUCACAGGUGGGGAUCUACCUACAAAAUGAUUGAGCGAUUCCCCAGCCAACAGCAACCAAUCUGUGCUACACUGGCAGGAGAAAGGGGAGUAUGGCAUCUGAUGCCCAAGGAUGCUGACAUAAGUGUCAUGGAGUAAAUGUGCCAGCUCUUUGAGCCACUGAGCAAGUUCACAGAUGCACUUGCCUCAGAGACACGAGUGACCCUGUCAGCCAUCAAGCCUGUCCUGGACCACAUCACUUGUGAGGUACUUGUGGAAAAUAACAAUGACCCAUCCUUGACUAAGGAGAUGAAAAGGGUCAUGAGAGAAGACCUUAACAGCAGGUACACAGAGAGGGCAAAGAAUGUCAUGAAAAUGGCUUGCUUCAUUGAUCCCCGCUUCAAAAUGAGCUUUUUGGAUGAGCCUGAGCCAGCAAUUGUUGACAGGUGUGUCCAGGAAACUCUGAAACUUACACCUGCACAAACUGUGGAGGAACCACAAAGCAGCAGCGAUCCCCCAGUGGCAUCAGAGGGGAAAGGCUUGGCUGGGUUGUUGAAAAGAUCUCCUCAACUAGACAGAAGAGAGGUGAAGAGGACAAAAGCCAACCACCCCAGAAAAUGGAGUGAGAGAAGAGAUCAAGAUCUACCUCUGUCUGCAGUCUCUUCCAGCCGAAGAGGAUCCACUGGUGUGGUGGAAGUGCCAUGCAUCUGAGCUGCCUUAUCUUGCCAGGUUUGCCAGAAAGCUUUUGUGCAUCCCUGCGACCAGUGUGCCAUCAGAGAGACUGUUCAGUGCCAGCGGACACAUUGUCUCCCCCAACAGAUCAUUCCUUAAACCAGAAAACCAGUUAAUAUGGUGACAUUUUACACUUUAAUCUGAAGUGAACAGAGAUGCAUGCAUCCUGUCUGAGGAGAUAUGGGAGGGAGAGAACAAGCGCAACCAUCGUGUUGUUCAUUUGAUUUGUUUACAUAUUUUGCAUUAUUUUAACAUAAGUAACACUUUAGUUGUUAUUGGUGCAAUAUGUUUAUCAUGGCUGUUGCUUUCAUUUUAAUUAUUCAAGUUUACUUAAUGUGAAAUUAAACCUGCACUUUUUUUAUCUUGUUUUUUUUACUGUGGUAAUUAUUAUGUUGCAGUUUUUAUACAUUUUUACGUGAUUAUUGUUUUGGUACAUCUUUUAUCUACUGUAUUUAAGGUUUAUUUGCACUGUUUUGGUACAUUCUCUUAUACUUAUUUAAGGUUGAUUUUGUAGUGUUAAAGUUUUUAUUGUUGACUAUUCUAAUAUAUAAUAAAUCUAUUUAAUUAUAAAUCUUGGUGUUGCUGUUUUUUCAACAUUUUGAAGACAAUUUAAAAAAUACCGCGGGAAAGGCAUGAGGAGUUAGUUCAAAGUGAAUCGAACAGUCUGUGAGGAAAGCCCAGCAUAAUCCCAGUUCCCCAGAAAAUUGCGCUGGAGGAGCCAACUUACUCCCAACCCCUAAGAAUGGUGUCAUUGGAGCUGGAGCUGGCAAUGGCGACAGAUCUGUUGGAGUCGGCGGAGCAAGCAAAUCCCGCAGGCCCUGAAUCUGGGCUGUGAGGUGUCCUAAUUGAGAUGCCAUUGCUGUCUGGAACUCCUCCUGACGGUUUAGGUGGGCGUCUCGGGUUUGCAGGAUCUCUACCAUUUGUCCCGCUUCUGCUGGGUCCAUUCUGACCAGAGUGUACUGUCAGGCCGGGCUAGACGCAGCGCAGAAUCAGAUUAACAAGAUUUAUUUCAGAUACUUCAGUUGCGCUAGAGAGAGUUGAAAUAAAUAGGCUAAGACAUAUUACCUAGCUAACCUAGAGCAGAGUGAAAAAAAAUAAAUAAAUAAAAUAUAGCCGCAAGCAGUAAUCUGAGGGUUCUCACCCCAUUCACCCCAAACCGGCCACCCUGACCCUCAUCCCCCGCAGCCGAUGAUAUCAGCUGCCGUGUUCCUCAAAGAUCUGUGAAACACAUACCCGUGAUAAGCCCCAGAUUUCUCCAAAUUGGUUUUUCAGCUACAUGCUAAUAGUAUUUAUAGCGCCCCCUAUUGGUUGAGCUCAACAUGCUUUGGUAUGCAGAUUCCCAGUACAGUUGUGAACCUACCCACCAAGUUUUGUGAUGAUAGGGAAAAGGGUGUGGGAAUUAUGGCCAAUCGUUUCUAAGCCCUGCCCAUUGCAAAAAUACAUUGGUCUGUGGCGGCCAUGUUUUUUUUUUUAUCAAUCUGGCUCAUUUAUUGUAGAAAUUGGUUUUUUCAUCCCCCGAAGCUGUAUACCAAACUUGGUGUUGAUAGAGUCAAUCUUUCAAAAGUUCUAUUAAUUUAACUGUUUUUCACAUUAUGCAAAUUAGCAAAAAAUCUAGGUAGGCGGUGCUUCAUGGUCCAGGGGCUUUUUUGUAGAGCACAUGGAGCUGGACUUGUGUGUCAAAUUUCAAGUCAAUCAGACUUACAGUGGGAGGGGCGUGACCUUCCCCAAAAUGCAUUUUCAAGCCUUCCAACUAGAACCACAAGCAGUUAUGAAUGGGGACCAAACCCCCCUACGCAACUCCCCACACACUGCAGAGCCCAGGGCAGUUGGCCUCAAAGGAUGAUGGGCUCGGGGCAAAAGUAAGGACACAGGACAUGGUAUUCGCUGUAAUGGGAAGUGCACUGGAACCCAAAGGGGAAUGAAGGAGGAGAUUUCAUUUGCAUUUCUUACACUAAAACAAUGAACUGUUCUGUUGUUAUGAUGUUUGAUGUAUGAGACCCUGUGCUGCUCUGCUUGAUAAGGACAGAGCUCUGUUAGGAUGUACCUGUUGUGCUGAUUGUGGUAACCUAUGAAUAACACACCUGUAAGGACUGACUGUGAAGUUGACAGAAGAGAGGCAUCUUGCAACUUUAAAAUUAAAUUAAAUGAAACUAAAGCUACAAGCAGCGAUGAACGGGCCCUCACAGUCCAUGUGAGUAGGGGCAUGCUGCAGUUGAAGUGGCCCACACAAAUGGUUGUGAAUUUGAGUUCACACAAAUGGUUAUUUAAAAUGUGGGAGUUAUAGGCAAAAACACGAUUGCAUCCAUUAUAGUGCCACUUAGUGGAGUACAUGUGCAAUUUUUGGUAUGGAAGCACUGUGUCCUAUUGUAUCUGUACCAUAUAAAUGUCAAAGCAGUCAGCAUAAUAGUUUGGCUGAAAUAAAUGUUUGUUGUUUAUCUUCUAAUAAGCCACACCCACAUUUACCUGUCAUGACCACUUUCAAGAUAUGGCGUCAGGAUUGGCCCUACAUCAUAUUGACCAAAUUUAGUUAAAAUAGGUGUAGCCAUUCAAGAGAUAUAAACUUCCCAUAUUUUUAGCGCCCCAUAGUGGCCAAAAUUCGCCAAGUUCGGCUCUUCCCUUCCCAGUGUCAUGGCAACCAAGGAUCUCAAAUUUGGUAUUAAUAACGUUUAGUUUGACCAAGAUAUCAAACAGUUUACAUUUUUAUAGCUAGCUACAGAAAUUAGUUUGUUAACAAUUUGCACAUUUUUUUGACUGAGCAAAAUUCUUUUGAUAACUUAAGAUUAGGUCCAGCUGAACUAUAUGUCAUUUUUUGUGUCUGAGAUAUUUGCAGGAGUCUGGACCAACCCUCCAAAUUGCACCGCCCUCCGUUGCAUGGUUUAGCCUGCAGCACCACUUUUAGCAGGAGAAAAGUAGAUGUAAAAAUCCUUACAAUUACAGUAGGAUUCCUAGCACCACCGGUCCUAGGAAACGCAUGCGUACCUGGCCCCAUUGCCUGAUUAUUGCAUGCCCAUCUCUUAACUGUCACAUGUGACUGUGACUGUGUAUUGGUUUGUGUUCAGGGCUGGACUCUUAUCAAAUAACUGAAGUUUGGUCCAGAUAGGAAUGAGGAAGAUGUUUCUUUAUGAUUUGGUGGCCUGCUACUGCCGGUAUUCAAUAAUGUACACUAAAGUCAGAAAAACUCUCUUAAGUCUACAUAUAAACAAAGGGAUUACAGGUGAAAAAAACCCUCAAACGAAUUUGUGGCCAGUUGUGUUUUGAUUAUUGAUUGGCAGUGACGCUGUUGGAAGGUGUGCUCACCUUUUAGUAGCAUGUCAUCUUGCAAUGUAUGAAAUGGAGGAAAAAACUAUAAAUAUCAUGUAAAUAGGAUGUUUGUCUGAAUUCCUGUGUCCAGUAGGUGGAGCUAUGGAUAUGGCAUAGUAUGGAUGCGUGGAGGUAUUCAGGGUGAAAUCAUGCACAUGUAUGAUGAAUAAUGUGUACAUGGGAAAUUGUAUGUUGAAGUUAUAAGGGCUUGAUGCUGUAUGGUGAAGCAUGAAAAUGGAACACACAAUGACAUGCACCAUGAUUGACGUGGGUGAAAGCUUUUGAUACAUUUUCAUGUUCAAGGUUUGAGGAUGAUAUUGAGUAAAUUAGAAGUCUGUUGUGUUGGCUCUGUAGGAGGAGUUCAUUUAAGUACGAGGCAUGGAAAUGGAUCAAAAUGGGGGAGAAAUGGUAACUUUUAAUCAGAAUGGCCAACCUCCUGUUGGAGUGACAGUUUGUUACCACGUAUGUUUUUUGUGCAUCUGGUCAUGAUACAUAUGCAUACCGAAUGCCAUUCUUGUAUAUGCAUGUAGGAGGCGGGGCUUGGAUUUUUAAUAUUCCAGUGGCCACUGUAGAGUCCCCUGGUAACACCUUUCAUCAGCUAUCCUCACGAGGGCAUUGGCAACAAUUCUAGCAAGUUUCAUAUUAUUCCGACCUACCGAUGUGGAGAUAUAAAAUACUUCGGGCACAAUUUUGCACAGAGCCUUAGGGGCUCAUGAGGAAGUAGUAAUCUGAGUUUCAUGUCAUUUGGACACACCAAUGUGGAGAUAUGCAACACUUCCUUUUUGGAACAAAAUCUGCCAGAAGUUGUUAUUUAAUAACUUGAGUAUUGUUUGAAAUAUCAAAAUUAUUUCAAUAACUUUUUUGUCAGGAGGGUCCACAGAUGCUGUGUGCAAGGUUUCGUGCAAAUCGGUGAAAUCGCCUAGGAGAAGUUCGAAAAAUACCGGUCCAUCAACCACCGGGUCGAUGCCAGCUCUCUCCGCAUGUAUCGAUGGUACUACUCCAGGAUAUGCCAGUGGGGCUUGGGCCUAACCAUUGCAAUGGUGUUGUUGCUGGCAUUUGUUGAGCGCCCGUCCUCCCUGUCCAUCUCCUCGGACCCCCGGUUUCGCUCUCCACCCUGGGAGCCGCCCUGUGGUUUAACCGAGAGCAUCGAAAUGGUCUGCCUCAUCAUCUUCUCUUUUGAUCUUGCUGUCAAGAGCUACUUGAUUGGCUGGGAGGAAUUCAGAAAGAGCAAAUGGCUGGUUGGCUACACAGUCAUCAUUUCGUUCUCUAUCAUCGACUGGGUGUUGUCUGUCAGCAUGGUGUGUGAUGAGCUUCCAGUGUUAAACAAGCUAGCAUCAUCCCUGGCCCUAUCCUGUGCCUGUGCCAACAACAUCCUCAGGCCCCUCACCCCAGACAUCUCUCCACCAACACCUACUGAUCGAGUCAAUCAGAGUUUCAAUCUUGAAGAAGCAAGGAAAAUUCAAGUGGCGACAAAGGCUCAGGCUCUCUGUGAGAAAUGGCACAAAGAUCGUGAGGGAGGGCUGACAGCCUCUAACUUUGGAAAAAUAUUGAAAAGAAAAAAAGUUAAAGAGGAAUUCAUCCAGUCGAUGUACUACCCCAAACCCUUCACCUUAAAGGCAACGAGCUAUGGCAUUGCCAGUGAGCCGAAGGCAAAGGAGCUCUACCGAGGGAAAUAUCCAUCUAGACAUGUACACAAUGCUGGCCUAAUGCUAGAGCCAGAGCUGCCAUUUCUUGGUGCAACCCCAGAUGCUAUUAUAUGUGAUGAUGGGAAAACUGGACUGCUCGAAAUUAAGUGCCCCUUUGGAUCAAGAGACAUCACCAUAGAAGAAGCUGCCUCAACUAUUAAAGACUUCUGUGUCAUCAACAAUGGACAAGACAUCAAAUUAUCAAAAAGCCACAACUGCUACUAUCAAAUCCAAGGGCAGCUGCUUUUAAGUGGACUUGAUUUCUGUAAUUUUGUCCUUUACACAAGAGCAGAUCUGUACAUUGAGAGAGUUCACAAAGAUGUUGAAGAGGAGUGAAAAGGUUACAUGUUUUGCUAAAAGAAAAUAUCACAAAGUUCCCCAGUUGUUUUGGUAGAAAGUUGUCUAAAUUGUUGUGCUUCAGUAUGCAAUUAAUUGUUCAUGAUCAGAUUAAAUACGUACAGGUCUAAGUUGCAUAUGUUUCCAGGACAAGCCUUUUUACCAUCUUUACCAAGAGUACCUCUCCGUUACUUUGGUGCUACAGUAUUUACAUAAAUCAUUCAGCACAACAUUGCUAACAUUUGUUAUCUCACGUAUUUACAGAUACAUAGAUGAAGCUGAGCUCCAAAAGUUAACGUUAGUACAACUAGAGCCCUUUGGACAACAGCUAACAAUGAUGUAUGAUUGCCAAAGUACAAAAACUAGCACAUAACAGGCCAAUGAACUCCCGGCAAACAAACUGACAUGAUGUACAACGCAGUUGCAAGCUAACGUUAGGCUAAAGUUAGAGAUGUUACGACAACUUGAACAUCUCAACAUCUCUAGCAGAGUGACAAUAUGUUGCUUCAAACACGUUGUUUACUGACCUUAGAACAGCCAUGUUAAUUUUAUCCACAUUUAGUUGGUGUUGUGGUCUUCUGCAUAACUUUAUCUAGAGUAGACACUUGUCUCGGUUGAGAUGUGGUUUGGGAAAGGGUAAGAAAUACACCCCGUCACCCAGCCUCUCAGAUACCUAGUGUCGGAGUUGCAUGUACCCCAUGCACACCGUUUGACCAUUUUAAACUUAAAAUGUCAAGAAAAAACAUUUAAAAACGAGUGAAAACUAACUGCAGUGCAUUUCAGUGGACGUGGAAGCAGAGAAUGUCCGAGUGUAUUGGGUUAGCUAUGCGCACUGUGAUUGGCUUAUCGUAUUUGGGCGCGUGGCUUAGCCAUAGAUCAAUUGACAUGAUGUUGAAUUACUCCGCCGCCCAACUGAGGAAAUUCACCAAUUGCACCACUCCAACGUGCGUCUCAAUCAUCAAACAUCUUGGACUACUUCCCCGACCCCGUUACGUUCCCAGGAGCUCCUGUUGAAAGUUUGACUCCCGGUACGGCCAUUCAGUCCCAUCCCUCUGGUCAUCCAGAAACUUACUAAUCGACCUAAUGUCAAAAUUGAACUGCACAGUCUCUCACAAACAAAUCUUGUCUCAUACACGACCACAUUCUGGACAAGCAUCUGGAUUUAAUAUGCCUCACAGAAACCUGGCACAAACUAGAUGUGUUUUCUGUUUUAAAUGAGACCUGUCCUCCUGGCUACCACAACCUCCAGAAAGCCCGCAGCACAGACCGUGGUGGUGGUCUGUCUGUCAUCUACCAUGAUGAGCUGGAUCUGUCCCCCUGCUUCUACCUGAACUGUCCUCUUUUGAGUGCCUUGCAUUUAAAUGUAAGCUUCCGUUCCUCAUGACUGUACUUCUCAGCUACCGUCCACCCAAACUAAACCAAGCUUUAAUUCCGGAGAUGUACAACCUCCUCUCCUCUCAAACCCCCUCCUGCUUUCUUGCUGCUGAAUUUCUUACAUUUUUGGACUGUUUUAACCUCACUCAACAUGUUGAUCUACCCACUCACACCAGGGGGCACACUCUUGAUCUGGUCAUCGCGGACUCAGGAAUUCAAAGGGCCUACUCAAAAUCCCUCAGAGGCACGAUCACAAUUUUACUCCAACAUCAUGAAAGAGAAUCCUGGAAACUCUAAGCAGCUAUUCUCUACCAUUAACCAUCUCCUCCACUAACAGCCCCGCACAUAGAAACUACAGAGGAACACAGCAACAACAGCCUUCUGAUGACUGCGGAUGCUGGCUCACCCUCUCUCCUCCUCCUCCUGGACUUGUCUGCAGCAUCCGACAUUGUUGACCGCUAUAAACUUCUCAACCAGCUACAUCAUACCAUCUGACUCACCGACACCGCUCUCAACUGGUUCAACUCAUAUCUUACUGACAGGACAGAGUACGUCUCCAUUGGAGGUGCAAGAUCAGGGGCACACAUAGUGACCUAUGGGGUCCCUCAAGGGUCAGUCCUUGGCCCCACCCCUUCACACUCUACAUGCUCCAUCAUGGGCUUUGGAGUCUCAUUUCACUGUUAUGCAGAUGACACACAACUGUACAUAAAAAUGGACACACGCCCCUCUGCAACUUUGCCUCCAACUAUACCACCAUCACCACCUGGGGGUGAUAAAUGCGUGGAGGAAGCACAACUUCCUGCAGUUAAACAGCUCCAAAACAGAAGUCAUACUUGUUGGCACCCCUAAUCAGAUCCAGUCAUCCUUCAUAACCAGCAUCACGAUAUCGGGCAGGUCAUUCCCCUCACCACAUCCAUCAUAUUUGACCCUGACCUCACCUUUGAGGCUCACGUCAAAUGCCUCUGCAAAAACUCCUCAGAAAUAUUACCAAACUCCGACCCUCACUCUCCUUUCCUGAUGCCGAGAAGCUCAUCCACGCAUUUGUCUCCUCCAAGCUAGAUUACUGCAAUGCACUACUCAUUGGAACCCCUAGCACAAGCAUCCAAAGGCUCCAGUAUGUGCAGAACAGUGCUGCUAGGAUCCUGAUGAGAGUGCAAAAGUAUGAACUCAUCACACCCAUCCUCCAUUCAGUUCAUUGGCUUCCCAUCUCUGCCAGGAUUGACUACAAGGUCUACCUCCUCACUUACCAGUGCGUCCAUGGCAACGCCCCCUCCUAUCUUAAAGAACUGCUAACCCCACAAACCUCAUCUCAAUCCCUCUGCUCGACCAACUCUCACCGUCUCCAUCCCCCCAGGACUGAGUUUUGCACCUUUGGGGACCGGGCAUUCUGUUCUGCUGCCCCUUGUCUAUGGAACAGCCUCCCGGACUACCUGAGGGCACCACAGACUGUUGAAUGUUUUUAAAAAAGACUUAAAACUUUCCUUUUUAGCAGAUCCUAUGACCUCUAAGUUGCGUUUGACUUUUAGGUGUUUUUUGUAUGUUUUCUCUUUUAUUGUUGCUUUUCCUGUAGCACUUUGAGAUUUGUUGAUUAUUAUUGUUAUUAUUAUAGUUUACAUUAGUGACAACUCUCUCACUUCUUGCAAAAAUGUAUGAUAUGUAACAUUAACGUCAUUCAUUCAAAUACAUGUGACUUGUCUGCUUAUCUGUUUUUGUAUAACGUUACUAACCUUUGCCGGCGUCGGACUCCGAGCUCAUCAUGGUGUUGCUGUCUGCCGGAUCUUUUUUCAGCCAUUGUUCAAAGACGCCCCAGUCCCUCACAUUUACUCCGUGAGUUAAUAAAUACUUCACCAUAUUACACGUGCAUCCCCCUUGCAAGAAAUGUCUCUCUCACAGAUGUUGCAAGUCGCCAAUUCAUCUGUCUUCUUUGAAUAACUGAACCACACUUUUGACAAUUUCUGUUUUGUGCCUCUUCCCUCCAUUUUCUUUGUUUCUUUGUCUAAAUUGUAUACUGUGCAGCCGCGGAUGUGACGUAGUACGCUUGUCAUUCACACAGGUCCUUGUGGAUCAUAAAAAAAAAGUCCUUGCAGAAGAGGAGAAACUGGC